AUGGCCUCCAUCGCCCGAGCCGUCGCCGCCGCGACAGCCUCUUCGGCGGCACUCGUCGUCACCGUACACAGCGUCCGACGCGUGUCGACGCCUCCGAUUCGCCCCGCGCGUUCGGCCGAGCAUGCGAGACAGGCCCCGCUUCGCGAGUUUUACGGCACCGCCGCCACGUCCAGCCGGCAUCCCCCGCACGUGUGCAACGCGGCGGGGUUCAACUCGCGCCGCCUUCGGUCUUCGCAGGAACUCGUCGGCGACGGCGAUGCCGAGGAUGAUGAGGACUACGACCCUUACAUGCACGGCGGAAGGCCCAACCGCUCUGCCAUCAAGCGCCUCAUCGACGAGUACAAGGGCCUGACCAAGGAGCUCUGCGCGCUGCCCAAAACCUCGGUUGCGAAGAUCCAGAUGCCAGACGAGCUACGCGAGGAGGUCUACGCCGCCAUCAGCAUCACGAGCAACAUCGCGCGUAAACGCGCGGAAGGAAGGGUGACCAAGACGCUGCGACAGCUCAGCGACGAGGACGUGCUCCCCAUCCAGACCGCGGUCGAGAACAUCCAGAACGGCAUCGGGCUCAUCACCGUGCCGCCCGAGGUGGAGUCCACCGCGCACAUGUGGCGGUCCGCAUUGCUAAACGGGGACAAGGAUGUUCAAUCGGUGGUGUUCGGGGUGUUGCAGGAGAGGGAGGACUGGACGUUCACGCGGCAGGAGCUCGGCCAGCUGGCGACGACGGCGAGGAGGGAGAGGGAGGAGGCUGAGGCUGAGCGCGAGGCGUUUAAGAAAGCGCAGGAGGAGGCGGAGGCCGCCGCCGUCAUCAUGCCGGACGGGACCGCCGUGCCAUCGGCGAAGGGUCCGGUGCAGGUUCAACCCAAACGGAAGAAGAGCGGCGCGGGGAAGGCGACGAAGAAGCUGCUGAAGCACCUGAGAAAGAUCGCCGAGGUUGCUCACGACGAGGGGUUGUUGUAAUAA